UAAUAGAAGUUCCUAAAAAAACCUAUGGGUCAAGCCGUAACCCAGAAACAAUGUCACCUGCUUCAGCUGUAAGCCAGUAACCGCGAUUCUCGUCGCCCUUGCUAUCACCUGCAAAUAACUCUCCCUCCCUUCGUCCGAAUUUCUCUGAAAAAAAUCUCAAAUUCCCUUAUUUGGGUUGAUAUAUAGUAUUAUAUAUAUAUAUUUACAAGAAUGGUAGCUUCGCCUAUUUCAGCUUCUUUCAAUCUCUCUCUCUGUACUCAAACCAGACCCACUUCUAUUUCAUCCCUUUCUCCCAGAAACUCGACGAAGUUGAUAGUCUCUGCAUUGCCAUCCCCUUAUGGAGACUCUUCUACAAUGGGGUUAUCUAGUAGAACUGCUGGGCUUCCUAUGAAGAUCAACAAGAAGGGCUUACUUGAAUCCAAUCCAAGCUACGAUGCAAUACAAGCUAAAACGGGGAAUCCACCUGUGAUGCCAGCAGUAAUGACUCCAGGGGGGCCUUUGGACCUUUCAACUGUGUUAUUCCGAAAUCGUAUCAUCUUCAUUGGGCAACCAGUCAAUUCACAGGUUGCUCAAAGAGUUAUAUCACAGCUUGUGACUUUGGCAACUGUUGAUGAAAAUGCGGAUAUUCUGGUGUAUUUGAACUGCCCUGGCGGAAGCACCUAUUCAGUCUUGGCAAUCUACGAUUGCAUGUCUUGGAUAAAGCCAAAGGUGGGCACAGUUUGUUUCGGAGUAGCUGCAAGCCAAGGAGCUCUCCUUCUUGCUGGUGGAGAGAAGGGAAUGCGUUAUGCAAUGCCUAACGCUCGUAUUAUGAUACAUCAACCACAAAGUGGAUGUGGAGGUCAUGUUGAAGAUGUCAGGCGCCAAGUGAAUGAAGCGGUUCAAUCUCGCCAUAAAAUCGACAAAAUGUAUGCGGCUUUCACCGGCCAACCACUUGAAAAAGUGCAACAAUACACAGAGAGGGACCGCUUCUUAUCUGUUUCUGAGGCUAUGGAGUUUGGACUCAUAGAUGGUGUGCUUGAAACAGAAUAUUGAACUCAGUUUGGGGGUUUUUUAAGUCCUCCAUUGCAAUGCUGCUAUUCAUUUGCCACAAAUGAUAUUCUAGAGCUUACUUUCAUAGUUAAUGGAGACUUUAACAUUGUUAUGAAUUGGCAUGUAUAGACUUACAGACCAAGUAUUUGAAAUUAUGAUUUUUGUUUCGGUCUCUUAGAAGGAUAGUAAAAGUUGUGUGUUAAAAUGAA